GGGGCGAGCCUGUUUGCGCAUGCGCGCUGCAAAUCGGCCAGGGCAAGCGCGUCGCAUCUCAUCGCAUAGUAACAGGAGCAAUUUAGAGAUCUGUUGCGCAGGUGAUACAGCGGAUGAAUCUGGGACACUAAACAGUCACCAUGAAGCAUUUUCUAAGAGUGCUGACACAGUUUCUCUUGUUUCUGUACUGCAAAUGUUUGUGGCGAGGUUUGAAGUUUGUCUUCAGGAAGGUGACGGGGCGAUGUGAGCUGCAGCGGAUCUGCUACAACAACAAGCCUGGUGCCCGCCGUACCCUCAAGAUCGAAUCCUCACUCAAAUGUUCUAAAAGUGAGCUUCUGCAGAAUGCUCUCAGUGUUCACCCAGAUGCUGUGGAAAAGACCAUAGAUGACAUCAUGGCCCUGAAAAAGAUCAACCCUGACACAAACCCACAGCUGGCCAUCUCUCUGCAGGCGAGCCUCUUCCAGAUUGUGGGCUACAGGAACCUAGUAUUGGAGGUGGAGAAGCUGCGCAGGGAGCCAUACGACUGUGAAAAUCCCGAUCAUGAAGAGAUGCUUAUGAAGCUGUGGAAGACACUCCGUCCUGAUUCUGUCCUUACUGGACGCAUCUCUAAGCAGUGGUGUGAAAUUGGGUUCCAAGGCAGUGACCCCAAAACUGACUUUAGGGGCAUGGGCUUAUUGGGUUUGCAUAACCUACUGUAUUUUGCGGAGCAUGACAAGGCCGCCGCUCUUCAAGUGCUGCACGACUCUCUGCAGCCCAAACACAGUAAGAUGAGCAAAGCUGAGUGGGAGAAGCAGAAAUUCGACAAAGCUAUCGGAUACUCCUUUGCCAUCGUCGGCAUCAACAUCACGGACCUGGCCUACUCGCUGCUGGUGAGCGGAGCUCUGAAGACUCAUCUGUACAACGUGGCACCUGAGAUGCCCAGCCUCAUGCACUUCCAGCAGACCUUCUGUUAUCUGAUGCAGGACUUCCACCGGUUCUGGAUUGAGGAAGACCCAUGUGACAUCAUGGAAUUCAACCGAGUGCGCACCAAGUUCCACAAGCGCAUCCUGAAGCAGCUGAAAAAUCCCGACAUGGCCCUGUGCCCUCAUUUCACCGCCUCCGAUCUUCACCUGGUCAACCUGUAGCUCCUCACCUCAUCCCUCACCUUUGACCUCUUCCCAUUCUUCACUAUGUCUAAGCUUUCUGUCAUCACUGCCGACUGGACACACACACACACAAAGUUAGUAUUUAUGGCUGCGCUGCUCUCUCUGUCAGACAUGUAGUAAGCUCACGUCACCAGCAUCACUGAAGACUACGGCGAUUGUACACGUGCACAACAUUAUCUCUACUGAAUUUAACACGCCCUUAUCGACAGUUCAGUCGUGCAUAACACUACAACGUCAAAAAUAAAAGUGUUUCCUAUCUGAUUAGAUAACGUGAAUAUAAUCUGCAGGUAAAGCUGUUAGAGAUUCAGCCAUAGGUACAUUAGAGGGAAAGUCAGUGAGGGCUUGUUAAAGCAGUAUUGGAACACAGCCUGUUGCAGAGACAUUUAUUUCUUUUGCACUGGACACAUCAUUGACACUGUAAUAUUUUUUAUAUUUGGUUUUAAAGGAAAAAUCCACCCUGGAGGACUACUCGUUAUGAUUAAUCUGGAUCUUUAAUGGCAUCCAAGAUUUAUCUUAGAAUGAAAUGAAACUUCUAUCGACAUGUUGGUCUAUUUGCACUUUGGAUUUCUACAUUACCCACAAUGCUGUUUGACUUUGUGCACAUUGUGGUGCAGUGAGAUUUGGUGGGAUUUUAUUUCUUGCUUUAUCUCUAUGUAAAGAGAGGGAGGAGGAUGUUACCUUAUAAAUUAAGGGUAUGUUGAAACAAUUUCACCUAGUGCAACUUAUUAUUUUUACUAGUUUGUAAACUCCAGCAUAGUGACCGUUUACAUUCAAGCUCAUCUUUGAUAGAGCUUAGGUUUAGUUUCUUAUUAAUAUGGUAUGGUGGUCAUCAUCUCAGCUGAAUCGAGUCUCUGCCUUGUCUCAUCGCAGUUGAGUCAUGCAGCUGCAUUGCAUCCUGGAACUUUGACUCCAGCGUUUGCACCAGUGUCUCUGCUAUUUCUAUGUAGGAUUUUACAUUAAUAUGAUGACUGAAGAAUAGUAAAUGGAAAAAAAAGAAGCUCUUGCUUUAGUAUUCAACAACAAAAUCUGCACAUUAUCCCUAAUGAUAGAUCAGUUGAUUUUUUCUCUCUCUCUCUCUCUUAUUAAACACCACCAGAAUACAGCAACAUCCAACAGAUUCACACCGAAGUCGAUAAACACGUCCCAGAUGUGUUGCAGGAUGGACUUUUCCUUUGUCUUUUAAUCAGAUAUUCAGUGUCAUGUGUGAGUUACGGAGCUCCCUAUUGACCAGUAGGUGGAGCUUUUACUCCAAGUCCAUUGUGACGCAGGACUCAUGAGCUAGCAGAUAAGGAAUGCUUAUUUAGGUCAAACGAAUAGAAGCAGUAGCGAGCAUUCAGCCAUUUACAGUGUAAUUAGUGUGUGUCGCUCCUAUAGAUCUCACCAUUUGUGAUUUUCACAUUUUUACAACAAUCCAGAGAACUUUUUGCUGCCAAGAGGUGUCGAUUAGAAACUGGUGAUAGUCAACAUUUUGUGAACAUCAUUGUAAACGAUUCAUGAUGCUUUGGUGUUGAUGUAAAGUCAUGAAAUGUUUUGCCACCAAAGCAAUAAGUGACUGUUGGAAGAGUCAUUUAUUUAUUUAUUUGUUUGUUUGUUUGUUUGUUUGCCCAGUCAUAGUAUAUACUCUGCUACUCUUCUACUCUUAUAAUAAUCAUAAGUAUCUACUUACUAUUAAGAACAUUCUUUCUCUGCGACUUUAUCGCAGUCAGGCUUUUUCUCUGUCUAGACCCGAAAACUAGACAGUCACAGGGUUCGCAUGGUGACUUCGGUUUGCUUGUGAGGUUUUUUAAAUUAGUAUAUUUACUUAUAUAUUUAUUUAUUUUACACUGCUCUAUCACAUAAUCUGUUGCUUACAAUGUGAACGUCGCCGCUUUGAGGAAUGUUCAGCGUUUUUUUUGGGACUCAUGCAUUACGUGGUGUUUUUCAGCUCAACUGUAUAAGUACUGAACGCCGUUAAAGGUUUAUAAACUGUAUGGAAUUAGAAACACUUGCUACACUUGCUGCUUAAGAUGUAUUAGAUUUUAUCUUGAUAAUGAAGGCUCAUCUGUGUGCAUGGCUGAAUAUUCAUCGCUCUGUCUUUCUCUCUCAUUGGAUUAUUGGAUCUGAGGAAGCUCUUUAGUGGCCAGAAGCUUAUGUCAUGAGAUUAACUUGCGCAGUGUGAAGGGUGCUUUAAAAAAAAAAAAAAAAAAACAUUAUCAAAGCUAUAUAUGUGUAA